UCGCCUUCAUCCUUCGCCAGUGCCAUGGGGGCGGUCGACUAUACGAAACGCUUCGCGCACACACCGCGGCUCCCUUACCCCCUUAUUAAAAUUUACGUCACUCGCCUGUCAAAACUUACUCAAACAAAUAACGCGCGGACCUCAUUAACUAAAUACGUUCUUUAUUGACAUUUAUUUAAUUAAUAAACUCGACGUUUUUAUUGGUGCUUUGAAUAAAUACAAGAAGUGAAAAAGUUAUUGGAUGGAUAAAUGGUACUGUAAUUCGUGUAAAGAAUGCGUGUUGGUGGGUGGCGAACUAGCUUGUAACAAGAGAAUACUGUAAACAAAAGAGGCGGUAUGGACUAAGUAUACUGUGUUUAAAGUGAAAGUGUAUUCAAGAGAUGUUCAUGGGACAGCGCAUAGCUGGUGGAAUGGAGUUGUGUCCGUGGCCCGGAAGCCGCAUUUUCGUGGCUUUCUUUGCUACUGUCUUUUGGGGAAUGGGUGUGCGAGGUCUUCAUAAUUUGGAGAUUAAUGUCCCCAACGCGGUACUUGUUGGAGAGACAGUAACCUUGGAGUGCAGUUGGCAACUGGAAGACGAGGAAGCGUUGUACAGUGUCAAAUGGUAUCGCGGACGAGAAGAGUUCUAUAGGUACAUUCCUAAGGAAUUGCCACAUACCAGAGUAUUUCCUUUGCCAGGAAUUGAAGUCGAUAUAUCGCGGUCGGGCGCCCGGCGCGUGGUGUUGCAGCAAGCAACGCCCGCCAUGGCCGGACGGUUUCGCUGCGAAGUGUCGGCAGACGCUCCCACAUUCCACACCGAACUAAGAUCUGCUCCUUUGGAAGUCGUCGAACCACCAGAAUGGGGUCCAAAAUUGGUGUCAGAUCGGUCAUGGUACGGAGUGGGCUCUACACUUCGGGCUACGUGUGCAUCUCCUUCAUCGCAUCCAGCUGCUAAUCUCACAUUCGCACUUAACGGCCAAGAGAUCGAAAUGGAUGACGUUGUACACAAAUUACCCGCAUGGUUCAAAUGGGAUCCUCCGCCCAAAAUGGAAACAACGACCACUGAUCUGCCCGAUAGUGAAUUCAAUUUCUUUCACGAAGACAGUAACAUUCAAUAUUUGGACGAAUCUUAUAUAAACCUUCACAAAGAGGAGAUAAGAAGGCCACAGAAAGAAAGUCUGAAGCCAACGUACGAGAGGACAGAGCCCGACAAUAGACUGCCGUCGGUGGGGGAAGUGUCUUUCGUAGUUCGUAACGAGGCAUUCGAGCGAGGUAGUCUACGGUUGACCUGCAUAGCGAGCAUAUAUAACCUGUACGCGGCACGCUCUGAACUAAUUUUCGAUAUGGAGCAGCCAGAAGUUGCGUCCGUAUUAGGUGUCCGGAAUAGCUCUGUAGGUUCGUCUCCGUGCAAAAUUUGUCGAAUAACGGCGUUCCUCGUCUUACUGUCAUACAGGAUCCGGUAGUUCAUCCAUUCAUUACUUUUAUGUUAAUGACUAAAGUACAAACAUCUUUCGAUAAGUUUUAAGUACAGUUUUGUUUUUAGAAACUUAUAGAACAUAUCUUACUGUAGACAUGUUUGUUGAUUAUGUUUGGUUAUUUUUAUGACGAUGAUAAAGUUGCGGAGUUAAUUUGAAAGUGAACAUUUUCAUGCAUAUUAUAGAUUCAGGUCGAUUAGGCCAAGAUUUAGAAUCAAUAUCAAUAUAAGUGAUUAUAAAUAAAUGUGUAAAUAUAAUGUGAUAGAUUAAUAAAUUGCGCGUAGUGUAACUGUUUAUAAAACAUGCGUAACGUGUAAUAGGAAAUUGAAUCUCAGCGAACUAAAAUAUAAUUUACAACGAUGAUCUAUAUUUAAACGGAAUCCCUAAAACAUAGGGAGAUAUUAUACCCGUACGAAAGACUGAUGAAUAAAGGUUUUAUUGUUGGAGUACAGUUUACAAAUUUUAUUUAAAAUAUAUCUAACAUAAAAUGAUGCAUUAUUUUAUCGAAUUUCUUGAGUGUGUACAAACGCAUUUAGUUCAAUUUCACGUGGACACAUUUCUCUUCUGGUACGUCAUUCGACAGUGUUUUAACCGUUACCUAUAAAAUGUACAUAACAAUAGUAUAUGCAUUAAAAUAUUGUGUAAAUGAUAAAAGAAUAGAAUUAUACUAUGUUGGAACUGCA